UUUGUUACUCUACAAUUCCUCGGCAAUUACGCGGCCGAGCUCGGGGUCUCCUAUAAAAGCCCUUCGGAUUUAGAAGAUUUUUCUCUGUUGAAAGUUCGGUCGUAGAUGAUGGAUUCGCCGGUCCGGCGAGGUGUCGCCGUCAAGUGAGUCGCCGGAGAUUCUGUGCCUGUCUCCCAGAUCUGUGAAGGACUUUUUCCGAUACAGGGAAGGUGGGUUUAGUUGUUUGGAGCUGAAGAAGGCAGCGUACAGGAGUUGUAUGGUGUCCAGAUGAGCCAGACUGAUGUUAUUGGCAGUGGAAGGAGGAGGGUUUUUCUCUUCUUCAGCUUCUGGGUAUAGCAAGGGCCUUACCCUUCUUCUCUUGGGUCAGAAGAAUGAAGAAAAACCCAUGAGAGUUUCUCCGUGGAAUCAGUACCAGUUGGUAGACCAAGAUUCUUACCCUGACCUCCCACUGGCUUCUGGGAAGAAACGGCUUGUCCGUGGUUGUGCUUCCUUUGUCUGUUUUGGUCGCACUGCCGCAGGACUCAAAAGCCCAUCUCCCUUGAAAGUAGGACACUCCCAAAAGCAGGAAAUUCUCCCAGAGGCCCCUGUUUCUGACAAGGGGAAGGAUCAUAUCCAUGCCACUGAUCUUGUUGAUGAUGGUAGUAAUGUAACAAAACUUGCUAUUAAGAGUAGCUUGAAGAAGCAGAAAAACACGGUUCCAGUUUCUGGCAGACCUGUUAAUGGGCAUGAGGCAACAUGUGAUGGGGAAAUUGAUAUCCCUGGUCAUAUGGAAAGGAGAAAAGUGCAGUGGACAGAUACAUCUGGAGGAGAGCUUGCUGAGAUUCGGGAAUUUGAACUCAGCGAUUCAAGUGGAUCAGACGACGAAUUUGAUGCGAAGAAUGAAAGACGAUGUUCGUGCAGAAUAAUGUAAUCUUUGGAUGUCCCUAAGAACAGCUUGUGCAAUUGAACUGAUUCUAUUAAGAGGACCAAAACGAUGAACUGAUUGUUUGAGUUACCACUAACCAACCACGAAUGCAACAUUUCUGGCUUGCUCUGCUAGAGUUUGGACACAAGAAAAGCGGAUUCUUGUGCUUGGGACAUGCCGGACUGGGGGGGAUUUCGAAUCGGGCGGCCUCUGUUACAGUUGUCGGAUAUGUCUAUAUAUAUAAACUACUUGGGCUUUCAAUUUUGUCUAGUUGGAUCUUGCACAAUGACUGCAUUAGCUAUUGUUUCAUCAUAUUAAUCAAUUCUAUUUUCAAGUUUUUUCUU